CGCGGCGGCUGCGCGGGGGGACACGGCGGGGAGGGACGGACCAGGAAUUAUUUUUAUUUCUUUGUUUCCCGGGGAAAAAAAAAAGAAAAAAAAAGGGGAAAAAAAAGAAAAAUAAACAAAAAAAAAAAGGCCCCGCGCUCGGGAACCCCCCGCGGGGGCGGAUGGUGCUGCCGUGAGCGGGGCGGGCCGGGCCGGGCCGGGCCGGCGGGAUGAAGCGGCGGAGCGCGGACUGCAGCAAACUGCGGCGGCCGCUCAAGCGGAACCGCAUCACCGAGGGCAUCUACGGCAGGUACCGAGCGGCCGCCGCGGCGCCGGGAGCGGGCGGUUCGUGGCCCCGGGUCCCCCCCGGCCCUGUCACCGUCAUGGCGCCCCGGCUCCCCUCAGGCGCUGCCCCGCCCCGGGCUCUCCGCGUCCCCUCAGGGCCCCUCAGCGCCGCAAGCUCUCCUCUCUUUCAGGCCUUCUCAGUAUUUUUUGUGUGUGUAGCAUUCACCUCCAAUAUCAUCUGUCUGCUCUUCAUCCCAAUCCAGUGGCUGUUCUUUGCUGCCAGCACCUAUGUCUGGGUACAGUAUGUGUGGCACACAGAAAGAGGUGUGUGCUUACCAACAGUAUCACUGUGGAUACUUUUUGUUUAUAUUGAAGCAGCCAUUAGAUUUAAAGAUUUAAAAAACUUYCACGUGGACCUUUGUCGUCCGUUUGCAGCACACUGCAUUGGCUACCCUGUUGUGACUUUGGGCUUUGGCUUUAAAAGUUACGUCAGCUACAAGAUGCGUUUGAGAAAGCAGAAAGAGGUGCAGAAAGAGAACGAGUUCUACAUGCAGCUCCUGCAGCAGGCACUGCCCCCAGAGCAGCAGAUGCUGCAGAGGCAAGAGAGGGAGGCAGAGGAAGCAGCCAAAGGAUUAUCUGAUAUGGAUUCCUCAAUACUCCUGCAGCACAAUGGAGGCAUUCCAGCCAAUAAAAAAAUCUCUGCAACGUUGCCAGAGCUGGAAUAUCGAGAAAAAGGGAAAGAAAAGGACAAGGAUGCGAAGAAACACAACCUUGGAAUAAAUAACAACAUUUUGCAACCUGUAGACUCUAAAAUACAAGAAAUUGAAUAUAUGGAAAACCAUAUCAAUAGUAAAAGAUUAAAUAAUGAUCUUGUAGGAAGUACAGAAAACCUCUUGAAAGAGGACUCAUGCACUGCCUCGUCCAAAAAUUACAAAAAUGUCAGCGGGGUUGUGAACUCCUCACCCCGCAGCCACAGUGCAACCAACGGGAGCAUCCCCUCCUCAUCCUCUAAAAACGAGAAAAAACAGAAAUGUGCCAGCAARAGCCCGAGCACACAUAAGGACUUAAUGGAAAACUGUAUUCCUAAUAACCAGCUAAGCAAACCAGAUGCACUGGUAAGGUUGGAACAGGACAUCAAGAAGCUAAAGGCCGACCUGCAGGCCAGCAGGCAGGUGGAGCAGGAGCUGCGCAGCCAGAUCAGCUCGCUGAGCUCCGCCGAGCGCGGCGCCCGCGCCGAGAUGGGCCAGCUCCGCCAGGAGAACGAGCUCCUGCAGAACAAAUUGCACAACGCUGUACAGAUGAAACAAAAAGACAAACAAAUGAUCAGCCAGCUGGAGAAGAAGCUAAARGCAGAGCAGGAGGCACGAACCUUUGUAGAAAAGCAAUUAAUGGAAGAAAAGAAAAGGAAGAAGUUGGAAGAAGCAACUGCUGCACGAGCUGUCGCCUUCGCUGCUGCUACSAGAGGGGAAUGCACGGAGACCUUACGGAACCGCAUCCGUGAGCUGGAGACAGAGUGCAAGAAACUCACAAUCGACAUCAAACUGAAAGAGGAUCAGAUCAGGGAGCUGGAAAUGAAAGUUCAGGAGCUGAGGAAGUACAAGGAGAACGAGAAGGACACGGAGGUGUUGAUGUCAGCACUCUCAGCCAUGCAGGACAAGACCCAGCACUUGGAGAACAGCCUGAGUGCAGAGACCAGGAUCAAACUGGACCUGUUCUCUGCCCUGGGAGAUGCAAAAAGGCAGCUGGAGAUUGCCCAAGGGCAAAUCCUGCAGAAGGAGCAGGAGAUCAAGGAGCUGAAGCAGAAAAUCGCCGAGGUGAUGGCAGUGAUGCCCAGCAUCACCUACACUGCAGCCACCAGCACGCUGAGCCCCGUGUCCCCUCACUAUUCCUCCAAAUUCGUGGAGCCCAACCCUUCUGGACUGGACCCCAACGCCUCUGUUUAUCAACCCCUGAAAAAAUGAAUGCCAAGGUUCUCUUUUACCCAGAAGAGGUGAAAUUGUAUCGUGUGGGAACUGUGUUUUGUGGUCAUUUCUGACAGGAGAAAAAGAAAAAAAA